AUGUCGUUCCUUGGUGGCGCCGAGUGCUCUUCAGCCGGAAACCCGCUGACGCAGUUUACAAAGCAUGUCCAAGAUGACAAGUCCCUGCAACGUGAUCGCCUCGUCGGACGCGGUCCGGGAGGCAUGCAGGAAGGCAUGCGGUCUAGAGGAAUGAUGGGUGGUCAAGAUCAGAUGAUGGACGAAUUCUCUCAACAACCCGGUCAACUACCGGGCGCUAGCCCUCAGCCCUUCGCCAUGGAACAACUCAGACGUGAACUGGACCAAUUCCAGAACGCACCCCCGCGGACAGGAUCUCCGGGCUGGGUGGCGGAGUUCGAUGCCGGUGAGCAUGCACGGAUGGAGGCCGCCUUUAAUGGGUCCCAAGGUCCGAUGCUGAACGCCCCCGCGGGAUUCAACCCGGCCGAAUUCGCCCGGUUCCAACAACAGAGUCGGACUGGCAUGCCCCAGGCGGCUCACCCCUCCGUCGCCUCCGCCCCGUCCCCGAUGCUGGCUGGUUACCAGCGUCCUAUGGGCUACAUGGGCAUGGGGGGUAUGGGGAUGAUGCAUCAGAACUUCGGCCCGAUGGCCAUGCACCAGCAGCAGCAACCGGCCGAGGCCGUCACGCAGGACAAAGGCAAGGGGCGAAUGGUGGAGCUCGAUGACGAGAACUGGGAGGCGCAGUUCGCGGAGAUGGAGACGGCGGAUACCCAGACGCUGGACGAUGCGGCCAACGCAGCCAUGGAGGCAGAGCUGAAUGAGCUGGACAGUUUCGAUGCGUUUGAAAACGUGUGGCAAAGAGUUCAAGCUGAGGCGGCAGUAAAUAGGAAACUGGCGGAGGGUGAGACCGAUUUCAACAUCGACGAGAACCUUCACAUGGGCGAUAUGGGUGACUGGGAUGGAUUCGAGACCCUCAACACGCGGUUCCGCAACCCGCAACUAGGCGAGUACCUGUUCGAGGAAGACAAUGUUUUCCAGAAUGUCAACGACCCAUUCGAAGAAGGUGUCAAGAUUAUGCGGGAGGGUGGCAACUUGUCUCUGGCUGCGCUGGCCUUCGAGGCGGCGGUCCAGAAGGACCCGCAGCACGUACAGGCUUGGACGAUGCUGGGGACCGCGCAGGCCCAGAACGAGAAAGAAUUGCCCGCGAUCCGAGCUCUGGAGCAAGCCCUGAAGAUCGAUGCUGGCAACUUGGAUGCGCUCAUGGGUCUGGCCGUCUCUUACACCAAUGAGGGCUACGAUUCUACCGCCUACCGCACUUUGGAGCGCUGGCUCUCCGUCAAGUACCCACAGAUCAUCAAUCCCAAGGAUGUAUCCGAAGACGCUGACCUUGGGUUCACGGAUCGUCAGCUGCUCCAUGACCGGGUCACUGAUCUCUUCAUCCAGGCUGCUCAACUGUCUCCGUCGGGUGAGCAGAUGGAUCCGGACGUGCAGGUGGGCCUGGGUGUUCUGUUCUACUGCGCAGAAGAGUACGACAAGGCAGUCGACUGCUUCUCGGCUGCGCUGGCCUCGACGGAGUCUGGAACCACCAACCAGCAGGAGCAGCUGCAUCUACUCUGGAACCGGCUCGGUGCCACGCUGGCCAACUCCGGUCGGUCCGAGGAGGCCAUCGAGGCGUACGAGCAGGCGCUGAACAUCAACCCCAACUUCGUCCGGGCUCGCUACAACCUGGGCGUUUCCUGCAUCAACAUUGGCUGCUACCCGGAGGCCGCGCAGCACCUCCUGGGCGCUUUGUCGAUGCACCGGGUCGUCGAGCAAGAGGGUCGGGAACGGGCGCGCGAGAUCAUCGGCGGCGAGGGAGGCAUUGCCGACGAACAGCUGGAACGCAUGCUCCAUGUCAGCCAGAACCAAAGCACCAACCUGUACGACACGCUGCGGCGGAAAAUAAUGGCUGCCGUCACCGGUGCCCAGAUCAUCGCCCGGACGCUGCGCGAUCUCGGCGUCACCGUGAUCUUUGGCAUCGUCGGCAUCCCCGUCGUGGAGAUCGCCGAGGAGGCCAUCAAUCUGGGCAUUCGAUUCGUGGCCUUCCGCAACGAGCAGGCUUGCAGCUAUGCCGCCAGUGUUUAUGGAUACAUGACCGGACGACCCGGUGUCUGUCUCGUCGUGGGAGGACCGGGCGUUCUCCAUACUUUGGCCGGGAUAGGCAAUGCAACCGCCAACAACUUCCCCUUACUGGUGCUGGCCGGUUCGGCCGAGACCACCGCAAUCACCAAAGGCGCCUUCCAGGAACUCGACGCCAUCUCCUUCCUGACGCCGCACACCAAGCUGGCGGUGCGCGCCUCCUCGCUCGACUUCAUCCCGGGGGCGGUGAAGAACGCCUAUCGGACCUGCUGGUACGGUCGUCCGGGCCCGACCUUCGUCGACCUGCCCGCCGACAUCAUCCAGGGUCGCGCAACCGCUGCGGCGGACCACCAUCGGCUGCUGCUGCCUCCGCCGGAGACCAUGCGGGUGCCCGCGCCGCCCAAGGCCAGCGGUGACCCGGCGCUGAUCCUCAAGGCGGCGCAGCUGCUGAAGACGGCCAAGGCGCCGCUGCUGGUGGUGGGCAAGGGGGCCGCGUACGCGCGGGCCGAGGCCCAGCUGCGCCAGCUCGUUGACCGCACGGGGCUCCCCUUCCUCCCGACCCCGAUGGGCAAGGGGGUGUUGCCGGACUCGCACGCGCGCAACGUGUCGAGCGCGCGCAGCGCGGCGCUGAAACACGCGGACGUGGUGCUCGUGCUCGGCGCGCGCCUCAACUGGAUCCUCCACUUCGGCGAGGCGCCCAAGUGGUCCCCCACGGCUAAGAUCAUCCAGGUCGAUCUGUGUGCCGAGGAGAUCGGGCGCAAUGCCGGCGCCGCGGAGCUGGGCAUCGUCGGCGACAUCUCCUUGGUCGUGGACCAGCUGGUCGCCGCCCUGGCGAAUUGGCGCUAUGCUCCGGUUGUUAAUGCUGGUGGGGCCUCUGACAAGACCUUCCUGGACGUGCUGGAUGCAUCGAUCAAGAAGAAUAUACAGACCGCGGCCCAGGCGGCUAACCGCCCGACCCCGAAGGAUGCCCCGAUGACGUACCAGCGGGCCUUCCACCUGAUCAAGUCGACGCUGGACGAGCUGACUCACAAGGCAGGCAGCGACGUGGUGUAUGUGUCCGAGGGCGCGAACACGAUGGACAUCUCGCGGUCCAUCUUCAGCGUCGACCACCCGCGCCAGCGACUGGACGCAGGGACCUACGCGACGAUGGGCGUGGGGAUGGGGUAUAUCGCCGCGGCGCAUGAAGCGUACAACGCGAUGCCCGGUGCAGCAUCAGGAGCUUCCUCCCCGUCGAAGCCGAAGAAAAUCGUCGCCUUCGAAGGCGACAGCGCCUUCGGGUUUAGCGCCAUGGAGAUCGAGACCCUGGCGCGGUACCGCAUCCCCGCGCUGAUCUUCGUGGUCAACAACUCGGGCAUCUACCACGGGGACACGACCUCGGCGGCCGAGUGGACGACGCUGCAGGAUCAAACGGCGCGGAAUGAUACCAAGGCGAGCGGGGAGGGGACGCGGGGCCUGCGGUCGACCAGUCUGCUGUAUGAGACCCGGUAUGAGAUGUUGGCGACCAUGUGCGGCGGCCGGGGGUUCUUUGUGCGGACGGAGGAGGAGCUGGUCGAGGCCACGCGGCAGGGGUUCGCGAGCGAGCAGGUCACGGUGGUGAAUGUCAUUGUCGAGCCGGGGAUCGGCAAGAAGAUUGGGUUUGCGUGGCAGAAUAAUGGUGAGCGUGAGCCGCAGGCGAAACUUUAG